AUGCCUUCACUAAAGGACCUCAAUUGCGCCAUCGAGCUAUCCGGGAGUCAACAAGCAUUGCGAGAGUUUGGCACCAUAUACGGCGACGGCUUCGUAGAAACCUUCGUCCCUGUACCCAACAAGCCACAGUCUUUCUCUAUCCACCUCACCUCCAACAAGUUCAUCGCUCCGGGCGUCGCCAUUUUCGUCUACGUCGACGGCGUCUACCAGUGCAACCGCAAUAGGCAGGACUUGAAGCUACGGAAGCCUUCCGAUAGUCGCUCUCUUGUCGACUUUCGCGUAAGGCAGAAGGAGGAGAGGCAGAAAGAUGGGUCGAUGAUUGCGAGGGAGUGGGCUUUUGAUAAGCUCAACAUUGCUUCAGCGGACGAUGCACCGAAUAUAUGUUCGCCAAACAUUCUCGACAACAUAGGCUGCAUCGAAGUCGUCGUCCUACGAUGCGUCGGUACGCGCAAUGCCAAAUCAGCCUCAACGAUGAACUUUGAUGGAGCUGGAGACUUUCCCGAUCACCGAUUUGGUGUAGACGAAAGCUCAUCGCCAUCUAACGAGAGGUCCAUGUACGAUGAUCGCGGCCCCUUCUUCAGCAACUUUGGAAGUGGCCAUGGCCCACCGCCGCCUCUCCCGUCUUAUCGCUCCCCAUAUGCCGAAACGGUACGUAGCCCGCAAGGCUCGACAUCGAGAACUCAUCGCACUGCAUACGAAGCACAGAAGCUCUUCCCACCAGCACCUAUUGCGCACCACUCGCGGCCACAUCCCAGAUACUCUGAGCCUAUCAGUCCGGGGGCGCGGCGCACCAACGACCUUCCUCCGUCAGGUUUUCAGUACGGAAGCGGUCCUAUCCCGCGCGAUGGAGAACCAUAUGACACAUAUCCUCCUCAUGUUGGAGCGGUGCAACCUCCUGCUGUGGAUCCAAUGUGGUUGAACAAUCUUCUUACGACAGCAGUCAAGCAAGGAGUGAAAGAGUCGCGACGAAUGGACACACAAUCUGAAGGACAGGCGAAGUACAAGGAAACAGAUUUCGAUGUAAAGUCUGCAACUCAGCCACCAGGAGCGUGGCCUGAAUCUCCAUUCGAUGCUCCAACACAACCACAUCAACACAUAGAGCAGCAGGUUUUCUCCUCGCGCGAUCACCAGAGCGAACACGGUUCAAGCUGGGCCAAGUCGCAGCCUGGCUGGGGCGACCGACCUUCACGAAGCAGAGCAGGAACCCAUGUUACCUGGAACGCUGAACCUGCUUUCGAGACCGACUCCUCCAGUGUCAGCGGAUGGAACGCGCGGGAAGGCACCCCGUCCGACGCCUGGGACACAGGAGAUACUUGGCCGACGGACAAGGCAGCUGAAUGGGACGCCUCCAGCCAACAGGGAAAACUCUGGGUGACUAAUCUUCCUAAUCACUAUCAUCUGCGGCCUAGCUCCCCAGUCACUCUUCCUAAACACGAUCGACGGCGCUCGAAGCACGAAACGAAACGAAGUUCGCGCUCUAAAUCGCGAUCAAGACGUUCGCAUCGAGAUCGAGAAAUCACUUCUUCAGAAGAAGACAGCGGGAGUUGGGAUCGUCUCGAACGGCCUUCAGACUCUGUGGUCUCGCUGAGUAGCUCCGACGCUACUCUCCAGCCAUCGCGUUCUCACAGUAGGAUACAGCCCUCACGACAGAGGUCGAAGAGUCGUUCCCGACGUGCAAAGUCGGUACAGCGAGAACAUGAGCGAAAGCCAUCGAAGCAUUCCCAUCGUCACCCGUCUUCGAGACCUGCGGAUGAAGUUACAGCCGCUGCGCCUGCGCCAUCGGUCAUCACGCGAAUGACACCGACAGUGAUGAACGCGCCUCCUUCUGUCGCCCCGGAACAAGUACAAUCACGACAGCCCAGUGCUUACACUAACCCACCUGCUUCGGUUAUACCUACCCCAGAGUGGGGAGCUGCUGUUCAUGAGACGAUGAGGAAGCCUAGUAACGUCCCGAGUAACAUGUUCCCCGCUCCAUAUGCACCCUCGAUGAGAGACUUUGUUCAGAGUACUGUGGGUGAGAAACUAGGAGGCAAUCGACCACCUUCGCUUGCGUCUUGGGGUAACGACAAGAACGAUCACACUGAAAAACUUUCUUGGGGCAAGGCAACUGAGAAGAAUCUCGGCUGGGGCAAGGAUACUGAGAACGGUUGGCAAGAAAAGAACUUCAAGGAGAACGAUAAGAAGGGUUGGUACUCAACCGAUGAAGAUCAAGCUGGAGGCUGGAACGAUAUAGAUGACAACAAGAAGAUCCAGGCGGACAGUGACUGGAAUAGGAAAGACAACGGUUGGGGUAAUCCCCCAUCAUCUCCAAAACAAGAGCGAGUCGACAAGAUGAAUGACUGGGCCGGCCUCAAAUCCGCCUUGACAUCCGCUUUCGCCAACCCACCAGCACCAACGCCAGAAGUUCCCUGGCAUAACCAAUCAUGGAGCUUUCCCGCCGACAACGCCGUAAAGCCCACUGUUCAACAGCCAACGCCUACACCCUUCGCCUCCGCUCCAGCACCGCCAGCCCCGGCACCGGAGAAGGGCAGAUCACCUACCCAACGCAUGAGCAACAAAACGCUCUCAAGAUACCGACCCAAUCACAAUUUCCCCUCCCGCUUCAUUCCCAAACCCACACCAAACUUCACGGCUCAACCACACUGGCAGUUCCCUCCUCCCCCUUCUACUCCUACACCCAAAAUCCCACUCCACGCCUCCUCCUCAAACGACACAUACAUUGCACCAGCCGAACCGCGCCUCACCAUCAGUAAAUCCGCGUCCAGCAAAAGCGGUAUCGAACACGCCGUCCGCGCGGGUAAAGCAACGGAGUACGGUCAUGUCGUCGGACGACCUGAGUAUCUUGACAGGCUGGAGAAGCCGUAUGCGGUGUUUCGGUUCAAGUACCGGAGUGAGGGGGUACUGAAAGGACUGGGUGUACUUGGGGAGAAUGAAAUGAAGCGUGAUGGGCAUGCGGAGAAGGAGAAAGCAGAGAAGUUGAAGCAUGUGCCGCAGGAGGAGUUGAUUGCGAAGAUGUUGGCUUUGGAGAGGAAGUUGAAGGGUAACGAUGAUGGAGAGGGUACUACUGGUGGUGGGAAGGAGAGGAAACAUAGCAAGUCUCGUGUCGAUAAGGAGAAACAGAAAGAGAAGCAGAGGCGGUCGAGUGAAAAAACGCAUGCACAUGGCGAUGGCCGGGUUAGGGACUUUACGGAGCAGUGGGUUGAGCGGCAUUCGAGAGAUCCGAGUACAAAGGCUAAGAGUGCGGCUGUUAAGGAAGUAGGCUGGGAGGGAGAAAAUCAGAGGAAAGGGAAGGAAGCGGUGGGAACGUGGGGACAGGAUGCGAAUGAGGGAUGGGGAGGUGGAGAUAUGACAUGGUAG